UUUUUUUUUUAACUGUCAUCUUGUGUUUUAGUUUUAGUCGAUUUUAUCUCGACAAACUCAGCCUGUAUGUGAAGGAAGUUUGUGGUUCUAUAAUAACAAACGUCAUGGGGCCUAAAAAAAGGAAAGAGACACAGAUCACUCGUCGUCAUCCAAAGGAGGCACCACCACUAAUAACGGUCGGGUUGCUGAUUCCGUUCAAGCACUCAAGCAGAUCAUGAACUCUUUCUUCAAGCUUUUGAAAGUACGCGGCUAACUUAUCUAAAGUGAAAUUACAUUUUUUAAAACUGAUUUAGGCUUGGUCUAAACUGCAACAGGUGUUUCGAUCAUUAAAAAAUAUCCAUAAGAAUGUGCAAUCAUGCAAUUUUUUUGUGCUAUCAUCUAAUUCCCUUUUUAUUCUUGUUUCUGUUUGGUUUUCCUGUAUUACUCACACAUACUGUUUUUAGAACCCACUCAGAUCUAUAGGUAUCUUCGCACACCUCACUUUCUUUCGCCCAUUUUCCUUCAUCGUACUCUGAGCUACAUGAAUGGAAGGUGCACCAGAAACCAUCAAAACAGGAAAACUUGCAAACUGGUGAAUUUGCUAGACAACAAAAUUCAAAAGAAUUCUCAGAAUGAUGUAAAUACUCGGUCUAAAUUUAUGACAUUGACUUUUCUUGGAUUCUAUGAUCCAAAAGUAAAUGGCUGUCGGGAACCGGUGAAAGUCGAAACCCUUCUAUUACAAAUUGGACAUAAAAAAAGAAAAGACGUCUCCUCGCCAAUUAUGCAGAUAAGUGUUGGCACAACGGAAGUUUGUAUAAAUCCCAGUGAAGAGUCUCCCCCUCCCAAAGCUCCAACGGUCUCCAUCUCAACCGAGGAUCUUAGUUUUCGCAAUGGCCAACAGGGCAAUUCAUACGUAUUGCUAUUGCGAGUUUCUGCGCCAGUAAUAUCCGAAAUCCCAUUAAUUUGGUUGAAGUUUAUUUAUUAAUCCACGACUACCCCUACGAAGUACUGGCGAUGUUUUCCUGGACAGUGUUCAGGACAGGUCAAGCCAGGUGAGCAGGCACUUGUAGGGGUUUCCUUGGUCCUUAAUUAAGAAAAAACAAAUCUUCAUGUUAUUGAAAACGAGGAUGGAAACAAGUCUGAUGUUGACUACCACUUAUCAGUAGAUUAACCGAAUCCUCCCAGAAAUGGAAUCAAAUGAUAUUCUGUCCAGAUAUACGAGUUACACUAUCA